AUGAAUAAAUUUGGACUUGAUUAUAAUGAAGAUUCAUCAAAAAAGGGAAUAAUUACUUCUAUUGAACUGUUGGCGCCCUCUGAAGACGAACUAACAUUAUCAUCUGAAUCAAGUCACAGAAAGCCGCCGCAGAAAUGUAAGCAUGAACUACAUAUUUUGAGAAAAGAAAAGGAUAAAGAACAUCAUUUGACGAUACAAAAAUUGUGCAGUCACAAAAAUCUGUUUCAAAAGAGCGUUAAAAAUAAUUUAAAAAUGCAUAAAGAAAACAAUGUUGAGUUCUCCAAUUUACUAGAUGAUUCAAGCUCUAAAAACUUUAGAAAUAUUUGCGGUAAAAGAUCUUUCUCUGAUUUUAAAAUAUCACAGUCUGUAGAAAAUUUCAAUUCAUCUUUUUCCAGCCUGAAGGAUAGUACUUUUAAGACCAAUUUUAGUUUCUUUUUUCCUAAAGAAAAACUUAAAAAACCUGUUAAUCGUCAAAGAAGUUCCUCAGAGAUUAUAAAAGAAAUAACCGAAAACUUACUAACUUUGGAAUUAGAAAAAGCUAAGAAACAAACAGAUCAAAUAAGUAAAUUAGGAGCAGAAAAGAGAAACGACAAAUUUCAAAAACAAGUACAAAAAUCUGACCUAGCAAAAAUAAUCCUGCAACCAAAUAUAAGGGACAGUUUAAAAAAAGUUUUGCACAAACCAAAAGAAAAACAUAAUGGUACAUCCAUAUGCGCCAAGGAUCCACUUGAUGCAAGAAAAAAUGAGAGUGAAAUUCAGAAAAGAGAUAAAAAGCUUAAAAAAAUGGAUCAGACAUCAAAGGAAAAGGAACAACAUACACAGAUAAAAAACAAAGAAGUUGAAUUGCAGUCCGAAACACAAGAAAAAGACGACUUAGGUUCCGAAACGCCGAACGCAGCCAAAGAUACUGAACAAAAAGACAAAGAUUUUGGCCUAGACAUCAUCAAAGCAAAAGAAAAGGACAUGAAAUUUAGAAUGAAAAACAAGGAAAAAGAGAAAUCUAAAAAUUAUAACACUCAAGUGCAACCCGCAACCACGGAAUUAUCUAUAAGUAAAGUCAAAUUGAGAAAACCAUCUACCGACGAUUUAGUUCUACAACUAGUAAAAAUUAAACAUUCCGAAGGUGAACACCGUAUAAUACCGAGACGCUGGUCGGAAUUAAAUAUUUCCCCGCUGAUCAUAAAAAGACAUCAAGGUCAUAAAUUGCAUCAAUGCAUGCCUGGAACCCGAUGUUUAUUUUGUGAAGAUUCUGAGCUAGAACUCGACAUAGAUAACAUUUUGUACAACGAAGGAAAAAAAGAAGAACUAGGCGAUGUUAUUAUAGGCACAAAAAUUCAGAAAAACCUUAUUCCUAAGAAAAAAAUAUGCAAGGAAAUAGAUGUUUAUGAACCCUUAAUUUUCAAUACUAAGUACGAACAAAUUCAAGAAGAUAAUUACGUGAAUGAAAAUAUGAAGUCUACAGAACCUCUCAAAAAACAGGUAAGAAGGUGCUAG